AUGGAAUUCAUGGAAGAUUACAAAACCACUUAUAACUCCAACACAGUAGCUGCAAACAAGGCAAUUCAGAAUGUUGGUGUUUUAUUUCAAACCGAAAAGGCGAACUUUGUUGAGCUUUGCAAGGCACUUAAGUCUGAUCACGGACCAUUUCAAUCUUCUCUCGCUGUGAAAAUCACAAAGCUUCAAGAGGAUCUGGCAACAGACAAUAAGAUCAUGGAUGCCCUUCCCAUCAAGGAAGAAAAAUUCCAGGUGUUGGAAACAAAGCUUCAAUAUGCUCAUAAACGGGUCGAUGAUUUGAUAGCAGAGAAGGCAGUCACUCGUAGUUGUAUCUAUGAUGUCACCGGAUUACUCUAUGAUAUCAUUGAGACUCGUAAUCUAAUGAUCUCCAUCACUGUGAAGAAGCAUUUAGCUGACAAGCUAAGACCGGUUUUUGCUAUGUUACACCGUUUGGAGGGUGUUUCGCAACCGACUGAAGACGAAGAGCCUGAUGAAGCUGAGCUCAAAAGGCGGAAGGCUCGUGAGUCAGAGAUUGAUGAUCAUGCUCGCAUCAUCAAAGAGGCAGAAGAAAAAUAA